AUGGAUUUUGUUGCUGGAGCCUUUGGAGGCAUCUGUGGAGUUGCUGUGGGCUAUCCCCUGGAUACGGUGAAGGUCAGGAUCCAGACAGAGCGGAAGCACACAGGCAUCUGGCAUUGCAUCCGGGACACAUAUCGCCAGGAGCGGGUGUGGGGCUUCUACCGUGGCCUCUCGCUGCCCGUGUGCACGGUGUCCCUGGUCUCGUCUGUGUCCUUCGGCACCUACCGCCGCUGCCUGGCACACAUCUGCACACUCAGGCAUGGUCGUGCUGACGCCCCGCCCGCCAAGGCUGACAUUGCGCUCUCGGGAUUCGCCUCCGGAGUCGUGCGCGUGUUCCUGACGUCGCCCACAGAAGUGGCCAAGGUCCGCUUGCAAAUGCAGACGCAGCCGCAGCCGCAGCGGCGGCCCUCGGCCCCCUGGCUCUCGGCUGCACCCCCGGCAUGUCCCAUACCUUAUACGGGGCCAGGGCUUGAGCCCAAGUACCACGGGCCACUGCACUGCCUGGCCACGGUGGCCCGGGAGGAGGGGCUGCGGGGCCUCUACAAGGGCUCCUCUGCCCUGCUCCUGCGGGAUGGCCACUCCUUCGCCACCUACUUCCUCUCCUACGCCAUCCUCUGCGAGUGGCUCACUGCCACGGGCCACAGCCAGCCAGAUGUGCUGGGUGUGCUGGUAGCUGGAGGCUGUGCCGGGGUCCUGGCCUGGGCUGUGGCCACACCCAUGGACGUGAUCAAGUCACGCCUGCAGGCUGAUGGACAGGGCCAGCAACGCUACCGGGGCCUCCUGCACUGCAUGGUGACCAGUGUGCGUGAGGAGGGGCUGCGGGUCCUCUUCAAGGGGCUGACACUCAACUGUUGCCGUGCCUUCCCUGUCAACAUGGUGGUCUUUGCUGCCUAUGAGGCCGCGCUGAAGCUCACCCACGGCCUGUCCACAUAG